CUCCCUCUUAUAUAAACAAACAAACAAACCCACGCCUCUCUCCCAAAUCUAAAUCUUCUUCAUCCCCUCAGCUUUCGAUUCCUUCGUCUCCCGAUUCAAAGGAGUUAAAAAGUUUGAAGCUUUGACACGUUUUAAGUGGAAGAAGACACGAAAAGUUCUUUUAUGUCUGAAAAGAUUUCACCUUUUUGCUAUCUAUCUGGUUGCUUGGAGAACACUAUCCUACAUCCAGAGCUAAGAACCACCACCACAAGCUCCUCCAUCCGCAUCUUCAAACCCACCAAGACUCCUCCUCUCUCCGACCACUUCCCUUAACACAGCAAACAUGGCGCUCCAGAACAUUGGUGCUUCCAACCGUAACGAUGCCUUUUACAGGUACAAGAUGCCUAAGAUGGUUACCAAGACCGAAGGCAAAGGUAACGGCAUCAAGACUAACAUCGUCAACAACGUUGAGAUUGCAAAGGCCUUGGCGAGGCCUCCUUCUUACACGACCAAGUACUUUGGUUGUGAGUUGGGUGCUCAGAGUAAGUUUGAUGAGAAGACUGGGACUUCUCUUGUGAAUGGUGCUCAUAGUACGAGUAAGCUUGCUUCUUUGCUUGAGGCUUUUAUCAAGAGGUAUGUUCAGUGUUAUGGGUGUGGGAACCCUGAGACUGAGAUUCUUAUUACAAAGAGUCAGAUGGUGAAUUUGAAGUGUGCUGCUUGUGGGUUUAUCUCUGAGUGUGAUAUGAGGGAUAAGUUGACUACUUUUAUUCUCAAGAAUCCGCCGGAGGCGAAGAAGGGUGGGAAGGAUAAGAAGGCUAUGAGGAGAGCUGAGAAGGAGAGGCUUAAGGAAGGUGAGGCUGCUGAUGAGGCGAUGAAGAAGCUUAAGAAGAAAGGGACUUCUAAUGGGAAGGAGGCUUCUUCCAAGGCGGUUAAGAAUCAUUCCUCUGAUGAGGAUAUUAGCCCUAAGCAUGAUGAGGUGGCUGAUGAUGAUGAAGAUGAUGACGACGAUGGUAUCCAGUGGCAGACGGAUACUUCAAGAGAAGCUGCUGAGAAGAGAAUGAAGGAGCAGUUGAGUGCUGCUACUGCUGAAUUGGUGAUGCUCUCUGUUAAAGAAGAGGAAGAGGAGAAGAGUCUCGUCCAAGAGAUUAAAAAGUUUCUGAAGAAAGGUUUACCUAUAAGCGAGUUCAAGACUUUCAUCUCCUCCCUCUCUGAGCCUCCUCAAGAUGUGAUGGACGCACUCUUCAACGCUCUACUUGAUGGUGUGGUUAAAGAUUUUGCAGAUGUAGUGACUGAGAAGAAGAGGUACUUUGUGGCUGCAACGCAAGAGGAAGGUUCACAGAUGCUUCUGCUCAACUCUAUAGGAUCUUUCUUUGGAAAGAAAGGUAACGAGGAGGUGGGUAAAGAGGUGGCUCAUGUUCUUAAAGCAUUGUACGAUGUUGACGUUAUUGAGGAAGAGUUUGUGUUGGAAUGGUACCAAAAGGGUCUGACCGGAGUUGAUAAGAGCUCGCCUGUUUGGAAGAAUGUGAAGCCUUUUGCGGUGUGGCUUCAGAGCGCUGAUUCCGAGACUGAAGGGGAGGAGGAGGAUUGA